AUGGCAACGCUUCUGCUCCUGCUGCUGGUCCUGGGUCUGUUGGCGGGGGGCCGGGCCCAGUACGAGGUCUGCCGCUCGCUGCGAGGUUCAGAGGCGGGGCCUGGCUGGGAGUUCUACGCCUGUCAGCCUCCGCCCACCAACAUGAAGGAGUUCAUGCAGAUCAGGGUAGAGCCGCCCGGGAUGACCUGUGGAAACCCACCGGAACGCUUCUGCACCCUGGAGAAUCCCUAUCUCUGCAGUGACGAGUGUGAUGCGUCCAGCCCAGACCUGGCCCAUCCUCCCCAGUUGAUGCAAGACCGAGAGAGGGGCGGGCUCAUUACCUAUUGGCAGACAGUCACAUGGUCACGCUACCCAGAGCCCCUAUUGGCUAACAUUUCUCUUUCUUGGGACAAGAGUUUGGAGCUGGUCGAUGACAUCGUUGUGACGUUUGAAUACGGCCGACCGACCAUUAUGGUCCUGGAGAAGUCCCUGGAUAAAGGAGCUACUUGGCAGCCCUACCAGUACUACGCCGACGACUGCAUGGAGGCCUUUGGGAUGCAAGCGAAGCGGGUCCGAGACCUGGCACCUAGCAACCUGACCCGGGUCAUCUGCACCGAGCAGUACUCCGGCUGGGUGGGGGCCAAGGAGGAGAGGAACGUGGUGUUCGAGGUGCGGGCGCGCUUCGGGGUCUUCGCGGGCCCCAAGCUGAUCAACAUGGACACGCUGUACACCCGCAUGGGCUCCGUGAAGGGGCUCCGGGACUUCUUCACCUUCACCAACCUGCGGCUCCGCCUGCUGCGCCCGGCGCUGGGCGGGACCUACGUCCAGCGGGACAACCUGCUCAAAUACUUCUACGCCAUCUCCAACAUCGACGUCCCCGCCAGGUGUAAGUGUAACCUGCAUGCCUCUGAGUGUGUGCUGCGUGGCACGGCGUUGCAGUGCGUUUGCGACCACAACACCAGUGGGGAGGACUGCCAGGCCUGUUCCCGCCCCCUCACGUCCCGUCGCUGGCGGCCCGGCUCCUACCUGCCUGUCCCAACCGGCACGGCCAACAUAUGCGAAGAAUCAGCCAUCUUGGACAACUGCGAGUGCAACGGACACUCCAACCGCUGCAGCUACAUCGACUUCCUCAACGUGGUGACGUGUGUGAGCUGCAAGCACAACACCCGCGGCCGCAGCUGUGAGGCCUGCCGUGUGGGCUACUACAGAGAGGCGGCCACGCCCCUCGACGACGAGGACGUCUGUUCAGAAUGCAACUGUGACCUGCAGGGCAGUCUGAACCCUCGGUGUGACGAGCAGGGCUUGUGUCCGUGUAAGGACGGAGUCUCUGGGCGGCGCUGUGACUCCUGCCAGCCCGGCUACAGGUGGCAGCAAGGCUGCAUAGAGAAUUUCUGUGAUGAGGAUAUCACGCUGUGCCAAAAUGGAGGGACGUGUGUGGACUUCCAGCGGUGCGUGUGUACUUCAGACUUCACAGGGCCGCUUUGCCAGAAGGAGGUGUGCCUGAAGGACAAAGGCUGCGUGGACGACACCGAAAAUAACUCUGCCUCCUCGCUACGUCACUCGCCUGGCUUCGUGACCCGUGACCUCUGCCCUCUGAAGCUAGCCUGUCUGAUGCUAGCUGUGGCAACCCAAUGCUGA